AUUCCUCACAAUUCCAAACAAACGCACUUCACCCGAGUCUCACGAAAUAUCUUUUUCCCUUUCUUCGUUUUACUUACUCUUUUCUUCCCAGAUCCGAAAUUCACAUAUCUAUGGGAUAUGCCCCUGAAACUCGCUAGAAGAGCUCCCAAUUUUUCUCUUUUGUUAAUCGAUGGGUGAGGAGGUGAAGAUGACCGAGUACCAAGGAGUGGCUCUGGACCAGAAUGGUGGCCAUGACGACCGAGUGUCCGAGUGGGAGUCGGGCCUUCCCGGCGCCGACGAUCUCACUCCGUUGUCUCAGACUCUUAUCCCGCCGGAACUUGCCUCGGCGUUUAGUAUAUCUCCAGAACCCUACCGGACCGCCAUCGAGGUCAACCGGGCUUCGCAGACCACGCUCUCCACUCUCCGUGGGCAACACUCCUCCAAGGGAUUUUGGUCCAGCGAUAAUUUCAAGUCCUUCGACGAGACCCGGGGCGGUGACCCUAUGGUCGUUGAGGAAGCGGACGAGACUACUGAUCCGGAUGGGUCGGGUUCCGGUUCCGGUUCUGAGCCUCGGAAAUCUCGGAGGAUCGACUGUGCGGAAUUGGAAGCCGAUUCGGCUCUGCGCGCCGAGAACUCGGCGGAUGACCCCUCGUCCGCUGCCCGGACCUUGAAACGGCCCCGUUUGGUCUGGACCCCGCAGCUUCACAAGCGGUUUGUGGACGUGGUGGGCCAUCUCGGGAUUAAAAGCGCAGUCCCAAAGACAAUUAUGCAGCUGAUGAACGUGGAGGGCUUGACCCGCGAGAACGUGGCGAGCCAUCUGCAGAAGUACCGCCUUUACCUCAAGAGAAUGCAUGGAUUAUCGAUCGAGGGCCCCUCCUCCUCUGAACACCAGCUCUUCGCGUCGACGCCAGUGCCGCCGCAGAGCCUACAAGAGGCUGCCGCCGGGACUGCUCUUGUGCACGGAAACGGGCACGUGCCCAUGCCGAUUCCGAUGCCGUACCCCCCACCGCCGAUGAUGCCGAUGCCCGUUCUUGGCGUCGGCCACAUGGGUAUGUCGGUGGGCAGUCACGGGUUCGACUCACACAACCCGUACAAUAUGAUGCAACAGAGGGAUUGGUCGGAGAAUAAUAAUGCCUACGGCUCUAUGGUGUCGUACCCUUAUGUCGUGCCUAACGAUAAAUGAACCCAAAAAAGAAAAAGAAGGACUUCAGUUGGUAUCGAGUUGCUACCAAUAUAACACCUCACUUGCUGAGACUUGUUGCUCCGAAUGUACACCAAAGGAAAGUUUGCUGAAGUCCUUAAGGCCUCUCCUAUAGCAAUUAUAUAUGCUCAAUGGCUGAUGAUAUACGCUUGAUCUGUGUUGUAUAUUUCACAAUUUGCAUUAUAAUGUUGUCAACUGUCACGUUGACUAUGAAGAUGAUGAUCACUGUAUCCAACAAAAUCAUGUUGACAAUGAAGUUAUGACUAGAGGAUGAUCAUCACUGUACCUCUCCAUAGACAUUUUAACUUUUGUGGGUUUUUCCUUUUUGGUUCUUUUUAAUGCUGCUUGGGCUUGAAAGUCAUCAAAAGACUGAAUUCUACUUAAUAAUACUGAGCUGAAACUGUACCAGCUUUGGUUAGUUUCUAAAACAA